UCAGUCCACGUGUUUCCUGCAGAUGGGUGUAACCAUCAUACUGGGAAGUGCAAGUGCGCUCACACCUCAUUCAAUGCAACUCAGUGAGUGAACAUGAAAAAGGGAACUCAGUUUUGGUUUGGAUCAGUUCCCAACGUCUUUCUUGUGUGAGAAAGUGAAACUAUUUGUCAUUCACUGUCUCUGAGAGGUGAAAUGGCGCAGCAAGGAAUUCAGAUGGACGAGGAAAAACUCUGCUGUUCGAUCUGUUUGGAUCUACUGAAGGAUCCUGUGACUAUUCCCUGUGGUCACAACUACUGUAUGAGCUGUAUUAGAAGCCACUGGGAUGAAGAGGAUCAGAAGGGAAUCUACAGCUGUCCUCAGUGCAGACUGCUCCUUGUACCGAGGCCUGUUCUGUUGAAAAACACCAUGUUGGCAGAUUUAGUGGAGGAACUGAAGAAGACAGGACUCCAAGCUGCUCCAGCUGAUCACUGCUAUGCCGGACCUGGAGAAGUGGCCUGUGAUUUCUGCACUGGGAGGAAGCUGAAAGCUCUCAAGUCCUGUCUGCAGUGUCUGGUCUCUUACUGUGAGCAGCACCUCCAGCCUCACUAUGAAUCCCCCGCCUUUGAAAAACACAAGCUGGUCGACCCCUCCAAGAAGCUUCAGGAGAACAUCUGCACUCGUCACAAUGAGGUGAUGAAGAUUUUCUGCCGCACUGAUCAGCAGUGUAUCUGUUAUCUCUGCUCCAUGGAUGUACAUAAAGGCCACGACACAGUUUCAGCUGCAGCAGAAAUGACUGAGAAGCAGAAAGAGCUCGGAGCGAGUCGGCAAAAGAUCCAGCAGAGAAUCCAGAACAGAGAGAAAGAUGUGAAGGUGCUCCAGCAGGAGGUGGAUGCUAUCAAUCACUUUGCUGAUAAAGCAUUGAAGAACAGUGAGAAGAUCUUCACAGAUCUGAUCCGUCUCAUUGAGAAAAGAAGCUCCGAUGUGAAGCAGCAGGUCAGAUCUCAGCAGAAAUCUAAAGUGAGUCGAGUCAAAGAGCUUCAGGAAAAGCUGCAGCAGGAGAUCACUGAUCUGAGGAAGAGAGACACUGAGCUGGAGCAGCUCUCACACACAGAGGACCACACCCAGUUUCUACAGAACUACCCCUCGCUGUCAAAUCUCGCUGUCUCUGAAAAGUCAUCCAGCAUCAAUAUCCGUCCUGUGCGACACUUUGAGGAUGUGACAGCAGCUGUGUCAGAGGCCAGAGAUAAACUCGAGAAAAUUCUUAGUGAGUCCAUGACCAUGGCUGAUUUCUUACAGUAUUCAUGUCAAAUCACACUGGAUCCAGACACAGCAGACACAUUGCUGUUAUUAUCUGAAGGAAACAGAAAAGCAAGAGUGAGGAAACCAUCAAUAUUCACAGAGCUAAAGAUGUUACAACAGGGUCACCCAGGUUCACGCAGCAACAUUGACAGUCAUCAGGUCCUGAGCAGAGAGAGUUUGACUGGACGUCAUUACUGGGAGGUGGAGUGGAGUGGGGGUGCAGUUUCAGUAGCAGUCACAUACGCACAUAUGAGAAGAGCAGUCUAUGAAAGUGGAUUUGGAAACAAUGACAAGUCUUGGGCAUUAGAUUGUUUGAUAAAUGGUUAUGAAUUCAGACACAACAACAUCAGAACUCCCAUCCCAGGUCCUCGGUCCUCCAGAGUAGGAGUGUACCUGGAUCACAGUGCAGGUAUUCUGUGUUUCUACAGCGUCUCUGAAACCAUGACUCUCCUCCACAGAGUCCAGACCACAUUCACUAGGCCACUCUAUGCUGGACUUUGGGUUUUCAAUGGAUCCACAGCUGAGCUCAAGUAGACUGGAAUGAUUGGGUGGAUGGGGGAGAUUCUGUUUUUCAUUUAAAUAGAUCUUUUCUUCAUCUUUGUUGCUCGCCUCUCUUUGCUAUGAUGUUUCUGCACUUCCCACUGAUGACCUGAUGAUUGUAACUCUGUUGAUAUCGUUUAGAUGUUGGAAGGUUUUGGUUGAUAAUGUUAAUAUACUGUAUUUUUAAAGAAUUCUUUUGAAAGUAUGAAUCUGUGUCAUUUUAAAAUAUUAAUGAAAUUAAAACUUGUGUUGUGAACUUUACAUUGAAACAAUGAAAACAUAAAUGAAGUCGAGUCUGAUUGCAACAUCCACAUUAGCUGGAACAAUUCAUUGAUUAAUCCAUUACUGGAUUGACAGGAAAUUAAUUGACAUCUGUUUGGAUAAUCUUUUAUUUAUUUAUUGUAUUGCAUUGUUCAGUGUUUUCUAACAUUUUAUAGACCAAACAAUUAUUCAAUUAAUUGAGAAAAUAAUCAUCAGAUUAAUCAAAUAAUUGUAAAUUGUAACCCUGAUUCACAUAUUUACCAGAGUGUAUAAAGUGUUAUUGUGAUAUUAUGUUAAAGUGUUAUUAUGUCAUUAUCAUUACUUUGAUACUUGUUGGUUUUUCCCCCACAGUGAUGACAUGUUGGUUUAACAGACUGAUUUUUGUUGAAGUGAAUAUGCAGAUAGAAAGAUAGAACCAGUCCUAUACCAGGAUUUACUGAUUGUAUGUGAACAAAAUCCAUCAAUAAAGUUGAUUUUCAAGUA